AAAAUCUCUGUUCAUUUCACAUCGAAAUCUCCGCCUCCGGUCCGUCCAGCGCUCCCGACCCCCACACUUCCCACCUGCCAUGGCGGCGCCGGCGCCGGCGGCCACCCGCCUCCACGCCCCGUUCCUCCUGUUUCCUUCCCCGCCGCGACCGCACCCUCCACUACGCCUCCGCUUCCUCCUGCCGUCCCCGCCGCCGGUCCGCCUCCGCCGCCGCUUCCCGCUGCUCGCGGCGGCCGCUGUCUCCACCGCCGCCGCUGGCGGCGAUGGCGGCGGCGGGGAGGACGCCACCGCUUCCGCCAGGAAGGCCGAAAAGGCCAGGCAGCUGCAGAAGCGGGUCGUCGUCGGCGUCGCCAUCGGGGUGGGCGCCGGCGGCGUCGUGGUCGCCGGCGGCUGGGUGUUCGCCGCCGCCGUCUCGGCCGCCGUACUUGCCGGCUCCCGGGAGUACUUCGAGCUCGUUCGCGGCACUGCUGGCGGAGGCGGGACGCCGCCGCCGCGCUACGUGUCCCGCGCGUGCUCCGCCAUCUGCGCUUUCAUGCCCAUCCUUGCGCUGUACUAUGGACGCAUGGAUGUUACUGUGACAUUUUCUGCAUUCGUCAUUGCAAUAUCAUUGCUUUUACAAAGAGGAAAUCCUCGUUUUGCUCAGCUAACUAGUUCAGUUUUUGGGUUAUUUUACUGCGGCUAUCUACCUUCUUUCUGGGUUAAGCUUCGAUCAGGACUGGCUGCCCCUGCCUUAAAUACAAGUAUAGCAUACAGUUGGCCAAUUCUUCUUGGUGGACAAGCUCACUGGACAGUUGGACUUGUAGCAACCUUGAUGGCUAUUAGUAGCAUCAUUGCUGCUGAUACAUCUGCUUUCCUUUGUGGAAGGGCAUUUGGUCGUACUCCUUUGACUAACAUAAGCCCUAAGAAGACCUUGGAAGGUGCUUUAGCUGGCCUAGCUGGCUGUGUACUGACCACUGUGCUGCUGUCAACCGUCUUUCGCUGGCCAAGAUCGCUGUUGAGUGCUACAGCUUAUGGAAUCCUGAUCUUUCUGGGUUCAUUAUUUGGAGAUCUUGUUGAAUCUCUGAUUAAGCGUGAUGCUGGUGUGAAGGACUCUGGAUCACUCAUUCCUGGUCAUGGUGGAAUUCUUGACCGAGUUGACAGCUACGUUUUCACAGGGGCACUUUGUUACUCUUUUGUCAGAGUAGCUCUACCCUUGUAUGGGGUCUGAUUAAAGCACCUGGCUUUUUGUUGCUGUCUUUCUCCUGCCAUCAGCAAUGCAGUCACCAUAUUUUAACAUAACGAUGAGUAUUGCUGAGGUGCCCUAGAUCAGUCUUCAUCUCAGGAUAACGUGCUCCAACUAUCCAAGCGAAUUUGGUGGCCGAGUUUCUGACAGGAUAGAACCAAAGAUUACGGCUGCUAACUCGACAUCGACAGUAGUGUUUCUUUGGAUUUGAGAUGGUCUUUCCAGCUCAACCAGUUCGUUGCAAACUUGUAACUUUGGAUGUACAUAGUUUAUUUUUUUAUAGAGUAAAAAGGAAAGGAUAAUUAUUCAUCACAAAGCUGUUAACGGUGUAUUGAGGCAGCUAUGUCAAUAUGUACCAAACUAUACUUGUUGAUAUCGAUCAUUUGAUUGUCGACCGAUGAUGUGUUUGGUUUAAGGAAUAAGGUGAUUCA